AUGGCCACAGGCAUGGGAGAUUUCGGCAACAUGAUGCGUAAAAGAGGCCGUGACGAUGAGGGUGACGGCAUCAAGAAGGUUUUUGUGGCGGGUUUGCCCUUCAACGUUGAUUGGCAAGAGCUGAAGCGCUAUUUCAGGACUGCGGGCACCGUGGUUUACGCUGGUGUUAUGAAGGACAAGGAAAAGGGCACUUCGAAGGGGUGCGGCGUUGUCGAGUUUGAGACUGCGGAGCAGGCCCAGAAUGCCAUCCAGCUCUUCAAUGGUACUCAGAUGGCGGGGAGGACUAUCUACGUACGCCUUGACCAGGAUAAUGCCAUUGGGGGCAUGGGCGAUGGCCCUUCGGCCGCCAAGAAGCUUGCCAGUGGGGGCAUGGGUGCUGGUAUGGGCGCUGGCAUGUACGGCGGCGUCGGCAUGGGCGGCAACGAUGGCUCUUUAUAUGGUUCGUCCCAGGGUGGUAUGAUGGGUGCGGCAGGCAUGGCUGGCAUGGGCGCCGGCGGUAUGGGCGGCAUGAACCAGUUGGCCCAAUUUGCCGGGCUGCAAGGGGCGGCAGCCUCAGGAGGCAACGGCAUGGGAGGCGUUGGCAUGGGCGCUGGCAGCGGCGGCAUGUCCGGAGGCGUAGGCAUGGGCCCUGGAGGCGGCAUGUCCGGAGGCGCGGGCAUGGGCGCUGGUGGUGGCGGCAUGCCGGGCUCAGGCAUGGGCGCAGGAGGCAUGGGCAGCGGCGGUAUGGGCGUUGGUGGAAUGGGUUCUGGUGGAAUGGGCACCGGCGGAAUGGGUGCGGGCGGCAUGGGCGCGAGUGGCAUGAAUGCUGGCGGUAUGAACGCAGGCGGCAUGGGCGCAGGCAAUAUGGGUGCCGGAGGAAUGGGCGCAGGUGGUAUGGGUGCAGGUGGUAUGGCGGGUAUGGCAAACGUGGUUAAGCAGGCCCAACAGCAGCAGCCUAGCCAGCCGCCACAGCCGCCGCAGCAGCAACCAGCCGGUGGCAUACAGGGCGCGAACAGCAUGGCGUCGCUUCUCAGCAUGGCCAACGCGGCUGCAGCUGGAGGUGGAAUGGGCGGCAUGGCUGCCCUCGCUAACAUGAUGGGCCUCGCUGGAAUGGCUGGCAUGGGCGGGAUGCCAGGCAUGGGCAUGGGCGCUUUGGGCAUGGGCGCCAUGGGUGGCAUGGCUGGCUUGGGCGGCAUGGAUGGUCCCCAGUGGGGCGCUAUGGGCCCCAUGGCCGGCAUACCACCCAUGAUGGGUGUGCCGCCGAUGAUGGGUGGACUUCCGCCAAUGAUGGGCCCAGGUCCAGGCCCAGCUGGUUUGCCAGGGCGGAGGCUCUUUGUCAACAACUUGUCGUUUGAAACCGAGUGGCGGGCGCUGAAGGACCACUUCAAGCAGUGCGGCCCCGUUGCAUACAGCAAGAUUAUUGUGGACAAGGAAACAAAUAAGUCCAAGGGCUGCGGCAUUGUUGAGUUUGAGAACCCGCGCGAUGCCAUGAUGGCCAUGCAGAAGCUGGAUGGCUCGAUCCUGGAUGGCCGCACCAUCCAUGUCCGAGAGGAUCAGCAGGAGGGCAUGCCGCCGCCGGGCAUGGGCCCAAUGGGCGGCAUGGGCCCGAUGAUGGGCGGUGGUGGUGGCCGUGGAGGCCGCGGCGACCGUGAGCGCAGGGCCAAUGCGGACCCCGAACUGCGGAAGACGUGCCAGAUCGUCGUACACGGCUUGCCGUUCUCAUACGAGGCGCCUCAGCUCCGGGACCUGGUGAAGGGCUCGGGUCCCAUCCUCGAAUGUGAGGUCAAGAAAGACCGCAUUACGGGGCGGAGCAAGGGCUGGGGCACUGUGCUCUUCCAGAACGCUGAGGCGGCCAACGCGGCUAUCGAGAAGUUCAAUGGCCACGACCUUCAUGGCCGGGUUUUAUCCGUCAAGCUGGACGCGCAUGUGCACACUGCCGAUGGAUGGGAUAUCUGCCUUAUGAUAAUUGGAGCCAUUGGGGCUCUCGGAAAUGAUGUUUUCGGUGCCGGUGUCGGUACCGGGGCCUUCAUGCGCACCGUGUCCGAUUUGGCCCUCAAGUUCUUGUACCUGGGUAUUGCCGCCAUCGUGGGAUCCUACCUGGAAGCUGCCGUAUGGAUGUACACGGGUAACCGCCAGGCUAACCGCCUACGGACACGCUUCCUUGCGGCGGUUCUCCGCCAGGACGUGGCAUUUUUCGAUGUGCAAUCGACCACAGGUGGCUUGGUCCAGGGUCUGAACGAGGACAGCAUCGACGUUCAGAACGGCAUCAGCGAGAAGCUGGGCGCCUUCCUGCACCACAGCUCGACCUUUCUCACCGGCUUCGCGAUUGCCUUUGUGAGGGGCUGGGAGAUGGCGCUGGUCAUGAUCGGCUGCAUGCCGUUUCUGGCAAUCGUCGGCGGCCUGCUCGCCAAGGGCACGGCCAUCGCGAACAGCGCUUCGUCCAGGGCGUACGCCGAGGCGAGCGCCAUUGCGCAGCAGAGCAUUUCGCAGAUCCGUACUGUUGCGGCUUACAACAGGGAGGAGGCGGCCAUGGUGCAGUACGACAAGGCGUUGGAGGGCACACGCAAAAUGGCGCUGAGGCAGGGCUGGCUUAGCGGCGCCAGCCUUGGAUGCGUACAGUUUGUCAUGUACGGCACGUACGCCGUGGGUCUCUUUUUCGGGGCGUACCGUGUGGCUGCGGGCGCCUACACGGGGGGAAAGGUGUUGCAGGUGCUCAUCGCGACACUGAUGGGCGGCUUCUCCCUGGGCCAGGUGCAUGAAACCCUGACUGUGUAUCUCUGUGCGGCACCUAACCUGGCCUACUUUGCGAAGGGCCGCGCCGCCGGCGGACGUAUGUUCCGCGUCAUCGAUCGCGUGCCCGCCAUUGGGGAUGACCCUCAGCCCGCUCCCGCGACUGCCAGCCAGCAGCCCCACUCGGCUCGUGCCAGCGGCAGCAAAGCGGGUGCCAACGGCGCCACAGUUGCCGCUGCUGUCGGGUCCCCGCCGGACACCGUCCGCGGCGAGAUCCAGCUGAGCAAUGUGGACUUUGCCUAUCCAUCUCGCCCGGACGUGCUCAUCUUCCGCGACUUCAGUCUGCACGUGCCCGCGGGCAAGACGGUGGCGCUGGUGGGCAGCAGCGGCAGCGGAAAGUCCACCGUCGUACAGCUGAUUGAGCGCUUCUACGACCCCCUGGCUGGCACCGUAACCCUGGACGGCAUCGACCUGCGCUCCUUGCCAGUGCGGUGGCUCCGGAACCAGGUCGGCCUUGUGAGCCAGGAGCCGACGCUGUUCGCGACAACCAUCUUUGAGAAUAUCGCCAUCGGUCUGCCGGGGGCCUCUGCGGAGCAGGUGGAGGCCGCUGCUCGGGCCGCCAACGCGCACAGCUUCAUCCACAACCUGCCGCAGGGCUAUGAGACGCAGGUCGGCGAGCGCGGUGUUCAGCUGAGCGGCGGUCAGAAGCAGCGUAUCGCCAUCGCUCGAGCCAUCCUGAAGGGGCCCAAGGUGAUGUUGUUGGACGAGGCCACGUCAGCGUUGGACACCCGAUCCGAGGCCCUGGUGCAAGCUGCGCUGGAUCGCCUGGUGGUGGGCCGGACCACCGUGGUGGUGGCGCAUCGCCUCUCCACGAUCAGGGGCGCGGACGCGAUCGCGGUGGUGCAGGGCGGCCGCGUGGUGGAGCUCGGCACGCACGAGAAGCUGCUGCAGAACGAGACUGGCGCCUACUCCAUUCUGGUGAAGCUCCAGAUGCAGGCGGCACCCCCACCCGAUGAGGGUCCAUUAGAGGAGGGCGCCCCGGAGGACGAGGACAUCGAUCAGGAAGGGGCAGGGAAGCUGGUGUCGCCGCUACCCGCCCUCCUAACCAGCACUGCCAAUGGCACCGCUCUCAACCCCGCCGCGGCUGCCGUCGCUGAUGGUGACGAGGUCAAGGCCUUCGCCACCUCACAGUCCUCAAGACCCGGCUCCCUGGAGAUGACCAAGGGGACGGCGCCACAUCACGGGGUUCCCAUUCCGAACUCAAUUCCAUCGAACGGGCCCAAUAGCAGCCUGGACAAGGCCGUCGCCGGGGGGAGCCCAGCCGCGGGGUCGGCAUUGGGGGCGCGCAGCGGCAGCGGCAAGGACGUGGUGGACGCGGGCGGGAAGGUCACCGACAAGGAUAAAAAAGACAAGAAGGAGGAGCCGUACAAAGUUCCGUUGAAGCGGUUGUUAGGCUAUGCGCACGGUCGUUACUGGUCAGCCUUUUGGGGCUGUGUGGCGUCGGCGGCGGGCGGCGCGCAGCACCCGGCUUUCGCGUUCAUCCUUGCCUCCAUGAUUGACAUUUUCUACACCACCACGCCGGCGGAGCUCAAGAAGAAGGCCUCCUUCUACUGCUGGAUGUUCUUCGUGAUCGCGUGCGGCGCCUUCCUGUCGCUGCUGGUUCAGCAGAUUGCCUUUUCCCGGGUGGCCCAGGUGGUGUCUAACCGCGUGCGUGUGGAGCUGUUCGGGGCCAUCAUCCGUCAGGAGGUGGGCUGGUUCGACGACCCCGCGCACUCCAGCGGCAAGCUGACGGCCAAUCUGGCCACCGAUGCUGCCCAAGUGCGCGGCGCAGUGGGCGACGUGUUCGGAGUGGGCUUCCAGAACCUGUCCACUCUGGUGCUGGGCUACCUGGUGGCGUUUGCGUACGACUGGCGCAUGGCGCUGCUGAUCACGGGCGUGUUUCCGUUCAUCACCCUUUCCAUGCUCAUCCAUCUGAAGUUCCACACGGGGUUCAGCUCCGACGCGGAUAAGCUCUACGCGGGCGCCAACCAAAUGGUGACAGAGGCCUUUUCGUCCAUCCGCGUAAUUCACGCAUACAACCUGCAGGACUUCGUGUCUGGGUCGUACGGCAAGAUGAUUGAGCAAGCUAAUCGUAUGCUGGUACGACAAAGCAACGUGUCAGGCAUCUCUUUCGCCUACUCCAACUUCAUAAUGUUCGGCAUGUACUCCAUUAUUAUCUACUUCAUGGGGCAUGAGAUCAAGAACGGCUGGGUGAAUUUUGCUGACACUCUGAAGGCCUUCUUGGCCAUCCUGCUGGCUGCUAUGGGCAUGGCACAGGUAUCCAUGUCGUUCCCGGAUCUGGGUAACGCCAAGGCCGCGGUGCAGCGCAUAUUUCCCAUCAUUGACCGCAAGCCCGCCAUCGACAGCUCGGAGGCGGGAGGGGCCCGACCCGAUCCGGCGGGUCUCCGCGGCGAGAUCGAGUUCAAGGACGUCCGUUUCGCCUACCCCGCCCGCCCCUCCGUCAUCAUCUUCCACCACUUCAAUCUCACGGUCGCUGCGGGUCGGGUGACUGCGCUGGUGGGGGAGAGCGGCAGCGGCAAGUCCACCGUGGUGGGUCUGAUCGAGCGGUUCUACGAUCCCCUGGCGGGCGCGGUGACGUUGGACGGCAUCGACCUGCGCAGCUACAACUUGAGGUUCCUCCGCGCCCAGGUGGGCCUGGUGAGUCAGGAGCCGCUGCUCUUCAACGGAACUGUCCAGGACAACAUCAGGAUUGGCAAGGCGGAUGCCACCAUGGAGGAGCUGGUGGCGGCGGCAGAGGCGGCCAACGCGCUCGCCUUCGUCGAGGCGCUCCCUGAGAAGUUCAACACGCGAGUGGGUGAGGGCGGCAUUCAGCUGAGCGGUGGUCAGAAGCAACGUAUCGCCAUUGCCCGGGCGGUCAUCAAGAACCCCAAGGUGAUGCUACUGGAUGAGGCGACCUCGGCUCUAGAUGCCCGUUCCGAAGCCGUGGUGCAGGCGGCCCUAGACCGCAUUAUGUGCGGCCGCACCUCGAUCGUCAUUGCGCACCGUCUAUCCACCAUCCGCAACGCCAACACCAUCGCUGUGGUGUACCGCGGCAUGGUGUUGGAGAAAGGCACGCAUGAGGAGCUCAUGGCGGUGCCCAACGGGUCGUACGCGCGGCUGGUGGCGGCGCAGAGCCGCGAGCCGGAGCGCGGCGGCAAGAGUGCCAAGUGA